AACAUGUCACUCCUUCUCGUGUGAGUAUUUCAGCUAUUUCUCCUCAAGACGUCAUGUCUAUCAUCUUCAUACAAUCUCAGACAGUACAGUCACAGAACAAAGCUCUCCUUUUCUUCCAUUGAAAGACGAACAAAAUGGCGCCGUCGCGAGAUAUGGACAAUCGCACGUUCCACCAAGACCCCACCUCCCUCUACAACCUCCCAAAUGACCUCCCAGAACACUCCCGCCUAGACGAGCAAGCCAAACACGUCUCAACAAUCAUGGACCACCGCAUCCUCCACGCGCCCCUCAACCCCAACAAACCCAACACCCGCAUCCUCGACAUCGGCACCGGCACAGGCUACGUAGCCGACACGCUAGCCCUCCAGAACCGCUCAGCGCAAGUCUACGGCCUCGACCUCUCCCCCGUCCCGCCGCGCUCAGGCCGCACGCCAAACGUGCACUUCGUGCGCGGCAACAUUUCCAACCAGCCGCCGUCAAAAUGGACCCCGCUGCCCGACGCCGAGACGAAGACCGAGUUCUCCGAUUCCUCCUCGGACUCCGGGGCUUCGAAUCCAGACUACACCGACAGCGUAGGCGCCGGCGGCCCGCUGUUCCCCCGCGACGAGGAGACCUUCGACCUGCUCUUCUCCCGCUUCCUCGUCGCUGGCAUCUCCGAUUGGGACGCGUUCAUCGAGAAGGAGUACCAUCUGCUCAAACGCGGCGGGUGGGCGGAGAUCCACGACCUCGACGCAACGGUGUACAACGCGGCCGACGAGCCCAUUUCUAACCGCGCAGACUGGCAAGUCCUCCCCGAGCGCGCGGCGGAGAAAGCCGGCCUAGACUUCCAAUGUGCAUGGCGCGCGGCGGAGCGGAUGCGACAGGCGGGUUUCGUAGACGUGGUGCAGAAGGAGUAUGCGCUUCCGCUUGGCGGGGAGGGAGAGCGCAGGCCGGAUAUGAAGGCUGCGGGCGAGUUUUUCGCGCCGACGUUCGCGGAGGUAAGGGAGAUGGUUAUAAGGCGGUAUGUGGAUGCGCCGGAGAGAGCGGAGGGGAUGGUGAGGAGGAUGCGCGAGACGAUGAUGGCGCCGGAGGCUGGGAGGCAUUACAAACUUGUGGUGACGUAUGGGCGGAAGCCGUGAGGUGCACUUACUUCCGCUGCUGACGGCCUGGCGCUUCUCUCAACGUUGAAUGUGUAGUGUUAGCGAGUUAUACAUCGAGUCCGCGGCUUGUCCAGACUUAUCGCAAGGGAGAUGGUCCAC